AUGAGGAACUCGGAUAAAACAUUUUUUGAAGUAAAAAUACAGGUUAAUCAAGAUAUUGAUGCAAUUGAAGAAGGAUUUAGGAGAUUUCUGUAUAAAACAGGUGAUAAAGAAGCGGAUGAAUUACAAUGUUUCUAUUGCUUUUUAAUCCAUCAAAAUGAGUUUUUAUCUAUAUCGAUAACAGGAGCAAAAAACAGAUAUACUUUAAAAUAA